AUGUCGUGGCUCUAUCCUCUUCUACCCUGGCAAAACGAUUACUUCCUCGACUCGAUGCUAGCUUUUGAUCCACACAAAUCACAAGCCAGUAUGUUUGGUAGUGCUGGUUGGCUUCUAACCUUGUUGGACAGUCAGGGGUGGGUCGAUGGGAAUGGUUUCUCCAUGCUGCGGCAAACGGGCGCAGUGGCUUCGACUAUGACUUGUCGCAUCGCUGACCUUGUGCGUGAUGAGAACGGGCUCACAUUCAACGGUGUGGUGGCCGCACGACUCGGCCUUGCUGAUCAUUCUGGUCGCCUUCGCUUCCACUUGGCGGUGCCGAGUAGUUUUGUCCGAUGCAUGAGGAUUGUGAGUGGCGCUGUCAAAACGGUGGCUUCUCAUGCAUAUCGACUUGCACCGGCUUUGGUCUUUGCUGCUUGUCUUGGCUUAGCGUACUAUGCAACAACCAGAAAGGAGUAUUGGUCUAUCAGAAUACGGACCGAUGACACUCAGGAUGCUCUUGCAGAUGAACCGUUACUUAUCUCCACUGCAAGCACAGAAUCAUCUCACUCCAACAACAAGGCAGAGCCAGACGAUGUUGAGGCAGGGAGUAGCUCUGAGGCACCAUCCAUUGUAACACCAGAGAAACCACAGGUGCUGUAUGCUCAUCGCCCCAUUUCACCACACUUGGCAGCAUUCUUCACAUUCUCACUCUGGGACGCUUUGACUUUACUGCAUGAUGCGCUGACUGGUUUUACUACACGUCUGACUCAGCUGCUACAAGGGAAGCAACCGAACCUUCGGCAUAGUGCCAUGGCAGCCACUUGCGCCAGGGACACACAUGGAGCGCUUUGGCACAUCGCGGUAGACGGUCAGCAUGACAUACGAGAUCACACACAAUGCUUAGUGACAGCCGAUUCUUUUGCUUUUUAG